AUGACACCUCCGUAUGGACUCGCUCCUUCUUCAAGAGUCGCAGUGACCCUUCCUGAGUACUAUGCGCCAGCUACCUCAUCACUGGGUGGCAUCUAUCAAAAUCUCAAUGACCUCGAGACUCUGUUGCCCCAAGAGUCUGUUGAAAACCGUACCCACCAACCUCGAUACUUGCAAGACUGUACACAUGACCCAAUGAUCACCGGAUCAACCCCUCAGGACAAUCAGACAACCGCCGCUGGGACGAGGGAGAGAGUUGAUGUGGCACGACCUCACUCUGCUCACACUCAUGACACGACAUCGGCCAAGGGGUUGUCUAGAAAUGACAUGAUCCGUGCGGACUACGGCGUAAACAACACCUUGACUCAAGCACUACGGGAAAACAAAAACACAUCCUGGCCUACCUCCUCCGUCCCUCAUCAACGGCAAUUUACUUCUGACAAUACUCAAACGUCUACUACUAUCGCUCCACAUGCCCAGAUCAGCUCCAAGCUCAACAUGAAACGGUUGACAACGGAAUACGUUUCGACGAGAGGUUUGACUCAGCAGCAUUUUGAACAUGCCAUGCAUCUUACUUUCACAGGUAGUCACGUGAAACUAAAGCGGUAUCAAACCCCUGGAAGAACGACUUACGGCCUCGAGCAUACUGGGCCGUUCCAAGAUGUUACAAUCUGGCCUACUGAUGAGCCUGAACUCGGUCGGUCAAUCAUACAAGUACAGUGGAGCUGCUCUGUCAUUUUGGAUUCGAGAAAUCUUACAGCAGUACCUAAUGUAGAUGAUGAGGGCUCUCUGACAGUCCAAAGCAUCACUCAAAAUUCAUCCAACCCUUUUAAGCCUGUCAAACUUAAAAGCGGGAAUGGUACGGUCUUAUACAAGAUCAGACAAGCUUUCAUGGAUGGGAUAGGGGCUCAGAUGUCUAGUGCCAAGGCCACUAAGAUACCUACCUCCUUAAUUAGUUACGAACGCUCAGUGAACAGAGUGAUGGGCUAUCAAGGGAGUAUCACGAGUAAGGCUGGGUCAAGAGGUAGACAAACCAAAUUGACUGUACCACUUCAAGUCGAGGUUAGUAUAGCUUUUUCGGCGAAGUCAUAG